UGGAGUCACUCGCGAAAAUACCACCGCAUUCAUUAAUCUAUCAAUAUAAACAGAUUUUGUUGACAUUUCUGUUUUAAGAAAAUAAUAACAUUUUUAAGAUGUACAGGACUGAUAAGCAAUUUAUGAAAGAUCCAAAUACGGCGGCGGCGAGAAUUUAUGUGGGGCAUCUCUCCGAAACGGUCGUCCCCGACAAUUUGGACCAAAAAUUCCGGCAAUAUGGAAAAGUCCUCGGUAUGCUCCUACAAAAAGGCUUUGCUUUCAUCCAGUUCGAAAACGAACCUCAAGCUCAAGCUGCGAUUAGCGCGGAACAUGGAACUUUAUUUCAUCACAAAAAAAUUAUUGUUAGACAAGUUUAUGAGGGAAAAAAUAAAGGGGGACAACAAAAUCAAGGUAUGCAAAAUCAACAACAUCAAAGUGGACCACAUCUAGGUGGUCCCCAUCAAGGUGGACCACAUCAAGCUGGUCCCCAUCAAGGUGGACCACAUCAAGGUGGACCACAUCAAGGUGGACCUCAUCAAGGUGGACCUCAUCAAGGUGGGCCACAUCAAGGUGGGCCACAUCAAGGUGGACCACAUCAAAUUGGUCCACAUCAAUCUGGAUCACAUCCAGGACAAUUUGGAGGUCAACCACCUUUUGGUCAAAACCAAGGGAAUAUUCCACAACAAUUUCAACAACAACCCCCAUCAUUAAUGGAACAACCAAUUAUAAAACCUCCAGAACUAAAUAUAAAUAAACCAAAUGAAGAAAUGGUUCCACCUCCUCCAAAAGGAUUACAAAUUCAAGAUAAAGAAGUGAUGAAUGAAAAAGGAGUUAACCAAAACAAUAAUAAAAGAGGAAAUAAACGAAAACAUUGGAAUAAUCGAAAUAAUGAUUGGAAACAAUCCGGGAAUUUUGGGGAAAUGCCCUAUUUUGAAGAACCUAAUAAAUAUCAACAGCCAAUGAGUGGAUUUGUGCCACCUCCUUUAAUGGAUGCACCGGAAAAAAAUGAUUGCGAAAUUAUUGUUGUUUCUAAAACUUUAACGGAGUAUGCUGAAUAUAUUGAACAAAGAUUAAAAUCUUUAGGUUUAAUUGUUGAUCUUCUAUUUCCAAAUGAAGAUGUCCCACUUGGAAGAGUUCUUGCAAAUAUAUGUAGUCGAGGUUGUCUUUAUGCAAUGUUAAUAAUGCCUCAAAAUGAAGAAAAUCGAAGUUUAACUUUAAAUAUAUUACAUGGAAUCCCUCAAGAGCAUCGUAAUAUGCCAAUCGAAGACGCAAUGAUUUUAAUAACGAGAAAUUUCGAUGCUUACAUGCGAGGAGAAAAGUUUGAAACUGAUGGCCCAGCUGUGAGUUUAACAGAAAAACAUCCCGAAGCUGUUCAAAUGAUUUUUAAUUUAUUAGCUGAAAAUAGACAAAUAACCUGUCUACAAUACGAUCGAAUUAUAAAGUAUUUAAACGAACGUCGAGAGUUGCAAAGAACUUUUGAAGGCGUCGAGUCGACUAAUCAACCGGAAGUUGAAGCGAAUAGUAAAGAGGCGGAGUUACAAAACAGGAUUAUGAAUAUUUUAAAUAAACCAAAUACGGAUUCUCCAAAACCGAGCUUGAUAACAUCGACGACAACAACAACAACGUCUGGGCCGACACCUUUAUUAAAUGAUCCUUCAGUUCAAAAAGCGUUAGAUAGUUUAUUAUCAGGGGAUAUGUUUAAAAGUAUGAGUGCAACCGCAUAAAUCAAUUCGUUUUUAAUAUUAAUGACUUAAUUUAGUAAGAUAUUAAGUAGCUAGAAUUCGAUAGGUUUUUUAUGUUUUUUUUUUAAAUCUUUUUUUAUCAAAUUUGCAACUAUUUGCUAUUAAUAGAAAAUUUAAGUUGUUUAUUUAAGUAAAAACUGGUAAUUUAAUUACAAAAAAAUAAAGAUCAAUAU